AUGCCACGAGAGGAAAGUACAAAAGAUGCGGAAAAAGAGAAAGUGAUGCGGUCACGACGGGGCACAGUCGAAACUGAGCUCAGUGCUCUGAAUGCUCUACAAAGCUCGCUGGAUGUGGACGAUGCUCCGUAUCGAGCUCGUCUUUAUCAGUUGUUCGGCCAUAUUGAAAAGGAAUUCGAUACGUUGUAUGCGGAAAAUUGCGCCCUUUCAGUACGUGCUCGAAUCGUCCAACUGACACAAACCGAGGGUGAGGCGGCGGCGAAUGUGGUGACACAAGAAGUAUUCGGUGUGCAAGAGUCAGGUGCCAAAUCAAGUCGAAAAGCCAUCCAGAUGGGGCAGAAGCUCCGGACAGCGCUUCGAGGUCCUCCAGUCUUCCGUGACGGCUCCAAAUUCCGUCUUAGUCGAUAUCUCGAAGGACACAAGGAUGGUGUUUGGCACGUGGCCGCGGAUUCAGCAAGAAAUAUUUGUGCCAGUGCCAGUGCUGAUCAAACCGCACGAGUAUGGUCUUUAGAAAGUGGAGCUUGUCUAGCUACGUAUUUGGGUCAUACUGGAAGUGUCAAUUGUGUAGCUAUCUCCUCAACCUGCGCAGUUAACAAUUCAGAAGGAUCUGGAACAGCUGCAGGUCUUCUACUAGCAACCGCCAGUGGUGACGAGUCAACUCAUAUUUGGAAAGUUCCCAGCAACAAUGCACCACUCGAGCAGAACAGCUCGGAGGAGGAAGAAGAGAAUCAUGGUGGAAAUCGAGACCCAAACAAUAUUCUGGGUUUGGAGCACAACAAGAGAAAUAACGAGACUAACGAAAAAUCUGAUGGACACCGAAUCCGUGUGCCUGUCAUUCGACUUACCGGUCAUCGAGCGCCGGUUAUUUGCUGUGAAUGGCUUGCUGGUGGACAACAGAUGGUCACUGCGUCCUGGGAUCGCACUGCGAACAUUUGGGAUGUGGAGAAAGGAGAAGUGGUUAAUAUUUUGAGUGGUCAUGAAAGUGAGCUGAACCACUGUAGCACUCAUCCCAACCACAAGCUCGUGCUCACUUCUUCCAAAGACUCGACAUUCCGUCUCUGGGACUUCAGAGAAUCCAUUCAGUCCGUUGCGGUAUUUCAAGGACACCAAGACUCGGUUACCUCUGUUAGCUUCAACACCGACUAUCGAAUAGUUUCAUCUAGUGACGACGCCACUGUCAAAAUAUGGGAUCUCCGCAAUAUGCGUACACCUCUUGCCACAAUCCGUCUAUCAUCUCCAGCCAAUCGUGUUGCUGUUAGCAAAACACACGCCGUGGUUGCUAUCCCACAGGACAAUCGCCAUGUCAGAAUCUACGAUCUCAAUGGAAAUCGGCUUCCGAGAAUGCCGAAUCGUCGAUGCCACGAACGAAUGGUGACGUGUUGUGCUUGGCUUGAUGAGCAUCCUACGAACAAUCUGCUCACAUCUGGUUUCGAUCGAAUGGUGGCCGCUUGGAAAGUCAACACGACAACGUCUUCAUAA